UUUCAUUCCAAUUCCAAUUCCAAUUCCAUUUUCGUCAUCGCGCGAAUCACAUUUGUUUGCUUCUCUUCGAAGUCGCACACUUAGCUCCUUACAGGAGGAUCGGAAUCGAGGUGGUAAGUGGAUCUAUGGCGGUUACUGAUUUUUUGUUUUUAUUUAUUUUUGAAUUGGGUUGUUUGAAGAAUAUAUCUCAAAUUUCAGCACAAGUUCUCGGACAUGUGAUUUAUUUAUAUUUUAUAAUGUGUUUUGGUGUGAUUAUUAGGUCGUAGUAAAUUUUUGAUUUCCCCCAACUCGCAGCGGUGUAGGGUUUCGGUUGAGAUUUUGUUGACGAAUCCAGCAUAAUUUUGAUUGAAUCUGAAUCGGCGAAGAUGAUGUCCUUCGAGAUGAACGAUCGUAAAAAAAUUGGACUCGGUUUGACGGGUUUUGGAGUGUUCUUUUCAUUUCUUGGGAUCAUUUUCUUCUUUGAUAAGGGUCUGAUUGCAAUGGGAAAUAUCCUUUUCUUCGCAGGCGUGGUAUUAACCAUUGGGCUCAAGUCUUCAGCCCAAUUCUUUAUGAAACGUUCUAAUUUCAAGGGAACAAUUUCUUUUGGUGUUGGCUUCUUCUUGGUUAUAAUUGGAUGGCCUAUCAUAGGCAUGAUAGUCGAGGCUUAUGGAUUUGUUGUGCUCUUCAGUGGCUUCUGGCCGACUCUAGCUGUAUUUCUGCAGAAGAUGCCUAUUAUUGGAUGGCUAUUCCAACAACCUUUUGUGAGAUCGUUUUUUGACCGUUACCGUGGAAAGAGAGUACCCGUCUGAAUCAUUUUCGCAAGAAAGGUCACUACUUACCUAUGGGCUGCCUUGUGAGUUUUGUAAAUUUGUGACAAGCAUGUCCGGAUAAAACCAAUAGAGUGUGGUAUACAGUAGAUGAUAUGGGCUUGAUUGAUGCAUGCUUCUCUUUACCUCACCGGGAAAUGGAAGCUUCAAUCAUUUGGUGUACCAAUUUCGUUGAUUCUUUUCUUCUAGUCCUCUUCCCGAAUCUGAGACAUGGUUAUAAGAAAGUAAAACAGUUUCCACACACAACUGUAUUUCCAUUGAUUGACUGAGUUGGUAUUUUGUUUGCAAUAUUACACUAUUGUUGCUAAAAAUAUGGUAUGUAUUGGUUAGUCAUGAGACUGUAAAUCACUAGAUAAUCUAUACCACAUUAGAUUAUUUGUAUCAUUGUAUCGGCUGUUGAAGGGUAUUUAAUUUUACAGCUAAUGCUUAAUUUUA